CGGGCGAACGCUCCAACUCCCAGGAGCGCAGCAGCGUGCCCUGGGGAGCCAGCCGGCCGCGGUCCACCUCCAGGGACGGGCGCAGCGGAAGCCAGGGACGCGCCUCCCGCCAGUCUCCUUCUCCGACAGCUCUCCGGGCCCCUCGCUUUGAUCCCACCGCUUUCGUGAAGGCCAAGGAGCGGAAACAGAAGGAGAUCGAACAGAAAAACAAACGGAGUCUUCAUCGGGCCAUGGGAGACACCCCUCCCAGUGGCUGGUACCACCACACCCAGCUCAGGGGCGCCUCGGCCCUCCCCGGCGGAAGCAACCAUGGGAAGCCGCGCGGCCGCAGCUCUUCAGUGGAAAGUUUCCGCAGCAAACGCACCUCGGCCAGCUCAGGGAGUGAGAUGGAGGAUUAUUCGGAACCCGUUGCACCAAGAGGCAGGAAACGACUAGGCAGGAACAGGAAGCCCUUCAGCUCUUCGUCUUGGAACGGCCCCACGGCGGGUCCCCGUGUGGACAAAGCUCACAAGAAACGCUUCUCAAGCACCCCAAACACAGGGAAGGCCAGGGGGAAAGGCAGAACGGCUGGCGUCUCGGAGGAGACCUUGGAAAACUCAGAGAACCUCUACGAGGACCCCUCGGCGGAUCUCUCCGAGAUCGACGCCCGUCUCCAGGCGCUGCAGGAGUACAUGAAUAAGCUGGAGACCCAGACGUAGCCCGAGCGAUGGAGCCGAGCCGGCGCGAUUCCUUUUGCCUAGCUAGGUCUGGUCCAAACGUAGAAGAUGCCCCUGCUCUCGCUGUCCUGCUCGCCCGUCUCCCUUCUACGUCCUCGAGGGGGAGGGCGGGGCAGGGGGACAGACAGCGGCUGCCUUGCAAAAUCCCAGGUUUGAAAGCCUUCCUACGAACAAUUUCAUUAAAGUUUUCU